GUGCCCCGGUGUCUUUCCACAUCGCUCCGAGGGAGGUUCACUACCCUGAGGGUUUAAGCCAGAGUUCGUAACUGCCGUCGACCUCCCUCUUUGCAGGCCAAAGCCUCGGAGCACCAGGUCAGAGCCCGGAGUCUGGGUCUCCGCCUGUAGGGCCCGGUCCGGGGGGAACCCUGUGUUAGGGGAGUGCGGGCGCUGCCCGGACAAAGGCGCUAGUGCAGGAGGGCCCGCUAACUUACCGCGGCGUUUUCUCCGGAGCUCUCGCGAGAGGAGCCGCGGCAAGAUGGCUGCGCCGGGUCUUUCUGUGUGAGGAGGCGGCCUCGGCGGCGCCCGGCGUCGUGAGGUGGGCUCCCGAGCCGCGGCUCUCCUCGUCUCAGACGAGGGCCGCUGCCUCCGGGAGAUGCGCGUGUCGCGGGCCCGCGGUCUCCCCGGGAGUUCAUGCGCGCGAGGGUCGCGGCCGCCUCUGUAAUCGCCCGGCGCCGCCGCCGCCGCCGCUCCGGCUCGGCCCGCGGUGAGCUUCCCGGAGCCCGCCCUGCGCGCCGCGGCGGCGAUGACCGGGGAGAAGAUCCGCUCCCUGCGGAGGGACCACAAGCCCAGCAAAGAGGACGGGGACGUGCUGGAGCCCUGCGAGGAGGAGGCGACGGCCGCUCUCGGCGGCGCCUUCACGGGGGGCAGAAGCGGCGCGGGCGGCAGCGGCAAGGGCGGCAAGGCCUGCCAUAAGAUCUUCAGCCACCACCACCACCGGCUGCAGCUGAAGGCGCCUGCUGCGCCCGGCCCCGGCGCCCCGGCCCCGCUGCAACACAACGCGGUGACCGCCACCUGCCCGGCCCCGGCCUGCCUGGGCAGCAACCCCGUGGCUGUGGUCGCAGACGGAGGCAGCUGCCCCUCGCUCUACCCGGUGCACGAGUGCGUCUUUAAGGGGGACGUGAGGAGACUGUCCUCGCUCAUCCGCACGCACAAUAUCGGACAGAAAGAUAAUCACGGAAACACUCCUUUACAUCUUGCUGUGAUGUUAGGAAAUAAAGAAUGUGCGCAUUUACUGUUGGCUCACAAUGCUCCGGUAAAGGUGAAAAAUGCUCAGGGAUGGAGCCCUCUGGCGGAAGCCAUCAGCUAUGGAGACAGACAGAUGAUCACAGCUCUUCUAAGGAAACUCAAGCAGCAAUCCAGGGAGAGUGUUGGAGAAAAACGACCUCGGUUAUUAAAAGCCCUGAAAGAGCUAGGUGACUUUUACCUAGAACUUCACUGGGAUUUUCAAAGCUGGGUGCCUUUGCUUUCCCGAAUUCUGCCUUCUGAUGCCUGUAAAAUAUACAAGCAAGGUAUCAACAUCAGGCUUGACACAACUCUCAUAGACUUUACUGACAUGAAGUGCCAACGAGGGGAUCUAAGCUUCAUCUUCAAUGGGGAUGCUGCACCCUCUGAGUCUUUUGUAGUAUUAGACAAUGAACAAAAAGUUUAUCAGCGAAUACACCAUGAGGAGUCAGAGAUGGAAACAGAAGAAGAAGUUGAUAUUUUAAUGAGCAGUGAUAUUUAUUCUGCAACUUUAUCAACCAAAUCGAUUUCUUUCACACGUGCCCAAACUGGAUGGCUUUUUCGGGAAGAUAAAACAGAAAGAGUAGGAAACUUUUUGGCAGACUUUUAUCUGGUGAAUGGACUUGUUCUAGAAUCAAGGAAAAGAAGAGAACACCUCAGUGAGGAGGACAUUCUGCGGAAUAAGGCCAUCAUGGAGAGCCUGAGCAAAGGUGGGAGCCUGACGGAGCAGAACUUUGAGCCGGUUAGAAGACAGUCCCUUACCCCUCCUCCUCAGAACACUAUUACGUGGGAAGAAUACAUAUCUGCUGAAAAUGGAAAGGCACCACACCUGGGCAGAGAACUGGUGUGCAAAGAGAGCAAGAAAACAUUUAAAGCCACUGUAGCCAUGAGCCAGGAAUUUCCCCUGGGAAUUGAGUCAUUAUUGAAUGUUCUAGAAGUAAUAGCACCCUUCAAGCACUUUAACAAGCUUAGAGAAUUUGUUCAAAUGAAGCUUCCUCCAGGCUUUCCUGUAAAAUUAGAUAUCCCUGUGUUUCCCACGAUCACAGCCACUGUGACUUUUCAGGAGUUCCGAUGUGAUGAAUUUGAUGGCUCCAUCUUUGCCAUCCCUGAAGACUACAAGGAAGACCCGAGUCGUUUUCCUGACCUUUAACUGAUCCAGAAGAGCAAGAGGCUCCAGGUGGCAGAGACAGAGCUUCUGUAGGCAGAGGGUCCACACAUCAGUGAUGUGAUGAGAAACCUCUAAUAAACGUCCGAAGCUUCCUGAUGUGCCAUUCAUCUUUUUAAAGUCACUUCCUGUCUGUAAUAGUUUGACACCCAGUGACCCUGAGACCUUCUUAUGUAAAGCAGCUGUGAGUGCUGUGAUUUGUUUUUAAAGAUUUUUACACUUCCUGUUGAAAUAUAUAUGCAUAUAGAUAUAUCUAUAGCUAUAUCUAAAACACUCCUGGACCAUUAACGUAAAUUCAGUGUCUUAAGAGAUAUGAAACCCCUUGAAAUGCGUCACCUCUAUUCAGGGUGGCAUGUAUAAAUGUUCCUUUAAACUUUGUUUUCAUUAUUAUGUAUAGUUCUGUAAUUUGAAUGUUCAGUGAACUAGAAGGAAAUGAGCUUUCUGAGGUGAACAGAGCAACGGCAACCAUCAGUCGCAUUUACAGCCUGCUGCGAUACAUUCCAAGGAAGCACUCCCUGUAGGGAAUGUGGUGCCCCGCCUCCCCCAGCACCUCGGUAACAGUUGCAUUUUCAGCUGCAAUGCAUUCCCCGAGGGAGUGCUCCCUACAGGAAAUGCGGUGCCCCCAGCACCUUCAUGCAGCUCAUCGUGGUGCUCUUUGUUUUACCUGAAUCUUUUUUCAGUGGAAACUGUUACUGAUCUUCCUUUGAUAGAACCUCUUUUUUUGUUUGUUUGUUUGUUUUUCUAAACUUGAGUUUAAAGGUUCUUGUUCUGUUGAUAGGUACGGUAACACGCUUACAGCUAGCCCUCUCCCAAGUAUCAGCACUUUAAAACAAAUUCCAAAUUUUUAAACUUGCUUCCUAGUAAGUGCACAUAAGUCAGAUUAUUUUUAAUGGAAUAUGGAUGCAUUGGUGUCAAUUUUAAAAAAAAUACAUAUUUUGGACAACUAUGUAUGUAAUGCUUUCAAAAUAAGGUAAGAACAUUUUAUAUGCUACAAUAUAUUUGUUAUAAGCUAAAAGUCCAGAAACAUGCAAGAUUGACAGUUCUUAUUUUUUUCUUAAGUCACAGGAAAAUAUUUACUGAUUUCUGUCUCCAAAGUGUUAAAAUCAUGCAUUACUCAUUUUUGCACUUAAAAUUUUUCAUAUUUAUUACAAGAUGGUUUGAAGGUCCAAGAAUGAAAAUAAAUUAGGGAGACUAAUGUCUAAGUCAUAAAGUAUCAUGUUGUAUUAAAGACUUAGCUAAAUGUUUAUAAAUGUGUCCUAAUGAAAUGUGUCAAGGAUGCACCUGUCAGGUUGUUAUAGAGUGACCUGUAGUUUAAACUUUUACCAAAAUUUUAGAGACUUUUAUUGAAGAGAUGACUUAUUUAAAAAUCCAAAGCAUCAGCCAUCAGAUAUUUAUCUCUCUAUGAUUACAUUUCACAUAGUGAUACACCUUGUAUAUGUUAACAUUUUAUUACUUUUUAUAAGAAAAAUAAUCAAGAGUUAAAAAUUCAAAGCCCUGAUCACUCCAGUGAGAUAAUUUUAAGAAUUGGGAAGCCCAGAGCUAGCCUGAUGGAAUGAAGGUUUGGUCCCUGGCAUUCAGACAAUGGCUGAUCCAGUGACUUAGCUACUGAGGUGUUGUCAGUGGUGAAGUCUGGGAUUCUGAAAGGCAGUGACCACUGCUGCUUUAGGCUCCCUGGCUCUGUAGACCAGGUAGGAAAAAAACGAUAAAUUGCAACUUCAGACGUCGAAUUUCUUAACAUGUGAAUAUUUUGCUGGGUUACACUGGAGACAGGUGGACUACUGAAAAUUGUUGCACUGGAUUGUACUACUGAAAAUUGUUGCACUGGAUUGUACUACUGAAAAUUGUUGCACUGGAUUGUUUUAAGACUUCAAUUUUUCUUUAAUGAAUAGAAUCAGAUUGUCCAUUCCAAAAUGUCUUUUCUCUGAUCACAAAGAACAAAUGCAUCUCUUAUGAUGGUGGGGAAAAAAAAAGGAGUUAAUAAUUAAUGCAAAUAAACUUUUCACAAUAUUA